AUGAACACCGCAACAUACACAUACAAUGAUGGAACUCUCUUCAUUUCAGGCUCAGGCUCUGUCAUUUUUAAUGAUACACAGGAAUUCAAGGAAAACACGACAUCAAUCAUUAUAAAUGAUACAGUAGAUACAAUUGGUGAGAGUUCAUUCGAAAACUUCACUAUUUUAAAGAAGAUUCAAUUUGAUUCUCCAUUAAAAAUCAAAGAUAGAGCAUUCUUUGGAUGCAAGUUACUUUCAGAUGUUAUAGUAAAUAAGGACUUUUCAGAGAUUGGAGCUCAUUCAUUCGAAAAUUGCUUCUCUCUCAAAACUUUUAAGAUUCCUUCAACUUGCCUUAGUAUACCAGAUUAUGCUUUUCAAAACUGUGUGUUACUUGAAUCGAUUGAGCUUCAUGACAACAUUACUUUAAUUGGAAAUUCUGCUUUCAAAUAUUGCAGCAGUUUACAGAUCACAUUACUUCCAAGUUUACUUAACAAACUCGGAGAGGCAGCAUUUGCAUAUUGCGAAGGAAUAGAAAGGAUAAACAUGAUGUGUGAAAUAAAAGAAAUUCCAGAUUACUUAUUUUAUCAAUGCAUCAACUUAAAUACAAUUUGGAUUCCAAACGUUACAAGUAUCGGCCAUCGUUCAUUUGAGUCAUGCGCAUUUAUUAAAUUUGAUAUCCCAUUAACUUGCCAAUACAUCGAACUCGACUCAUUUACAAGCUGCAAUCUCCUAAACAUAUUAACAAUGCCAAUGUUUAACCUUAAUUUCUCGUAUUCUCCUUUCGUUACAUGUCAAAAACUCGGAAAAGUGACGGUUUUUGAUGGUGACGGCUAUGAAAGCAGUGUUUUACCAUCAAAUCUUUUGAGUGACUGCGUUUCCGUUUAUUAUUUCAGAAUUUCAAGUUAUAAGAUUAAGAGAUUUGGUAAAAAUUGUCUCAAGAAUUGUGUCGGACUCUAUGAAGUGAUUUAUUUCUUAAUUAACAAUGUCACUUUUUAUCCUGAAGAUCAUUGUGAUUUAGUCAGUCUUAGGACAUUGACAAUUGCUAUUGAUAAUUUCACUAUGACACCAAGAUGCUUUGCAAAUCUUCCAAACUUAGAACAAGUUACAAUUGGCACAAUGCAUGAAACAUUUAGUGAAAACUUAUUUGAGAAUUGUGACAAAUUAAUCUCUGUUUCAAUCUCAACAAACAACAGUUUAGUCUUGGCUUCAAAGACAUUUUAUAAGAUGAAGAAUUUACAAAAAGUUGGCAUUUUAAGUAAUGGUAUUUUUAUUGGCGAAAGUUGCUUCGAAGAAUGCAGCAAUUUAGUUCAAGUAAGUUUGGAUUGCUUAGAUACAAGAAUAGGAAACAAAGCUUUCAAGAAUUGCCAUAAUUUCUCAGCCUUCGCUUAUAAAGGAACAUUAGUUGAAGUUGGAGAUUAUUCUUUCGAAGGCAUUCAAUUCAAGAGAUUCGGAUUGAGAACAUCUGCUGUUUUGACAAUCGGAAAUUAUGCAUUUGCCAAUGUUAAAACAAUGACUUAUUUCGUAUUAAUGGGUGAUGGAAAGGUCAAUAUCGGAAAUGGAGCUUUCUAUGGCUGCACAGAAUUAGCUACAUUCGGUCACUCAUUAUAUAUUAACAAAUUGGGUUAUUCAGUUUUCAAGAAUUGCUAUAAAUUAAACUAUUUGACAAUAGAUCAAAAUUUGGAAGGUUUGCCAAGUUCAACAUUUAGUAAUUGCCAAAAAAUGCAGUACUUCGAAUGCAGCGGAGAAUUGAAGUAUAUUAGUGAUAGAUGCUUCGAAAAUUGUGUCAAUCUCCAAUAUAUUAAAGUGAACAGUUCUCUUCAAUAUUUAGGAAACUAUACUUUCUCAAAUUGCAUCAAUUUACAGACUAUUGACUUAUCAAAGAGAGUUAUCGAGAAAAUCGGAUCAUAUUGCUUUAACAACUGUUCAUUGUUGACAAACUUUACAAAUAUUUCUGUCAAAUAUAUCGAAGAUGCUGCAUUUGUAAAGUGUCAAAAAUUGUCAGAAAUUUCAUUAAAGGGAACAACCAAAUUAUUAGGUUAUAAAUCAUUUUAUAACUUAAGCAGUUUGCAGUCAUUCAGUAUAGUAGAAUCAGAAUAUGACACAUUAACAAUCAAUGAACUUUGUUUCUACAAUUGCCAGAAUUUGCAAACUUUUUCUGUCAAAUCAGCAUUGAAUUUAAAGACAGAAUGUUUCAAGGAUUGCCACUCAUUGACAAACUUUAAUGUUGAUGAAGUCACAUAUAUUUCUGAAGGAGCAUUUUGCAACUGCUAUUCAUUGACGAAGAUUCCUUUGAUUCAAACAAUUAAAUUCAUUCCACCAUUCGCAUUUUGCAAUUGCUCGAAAUUAAACAUGAAUAAUGAUUUCCAUUAUGUCGGAGACUACGCAUUCUAUAACUGCAUCAGUUUAUCAAAUGUCACAUUGUCAAUGCUAAUUCAUGUAGGAAGAUAUUCAUUCUUCAAUACAUCAUUAAAUGAAAUUAAUUUGACACAAAAAUUGACAUUUUUGGGACUUAAAUCAUUCUCAUCAAUUAAUGAAUUAAGUAGUGUCAACAUUUUGAAUAAUGUCGAAGUAUUUGAAGAAAAAGUAUUUUCAGAUAAUAAGAAAUUAUCAAAUGUAGUUUAUUGUGGUUUGAAUUCAAAUAUUUCAACUGAUUUUGAAGGCAGUGAAAAGCUUAAUAAGAUUUUUGUUUCCAGACACUUCAAUUCAAGUAAUUUCUCAAUGGAAACUGAAUGGACACAUUUAUGCGAUACAGAAGAGGACAAACAAAAUGACAAGAAGACUUUAAUUAUUUAUAGUUCAUUCAUCGCAGCAAUUUCAGUUUUAGUUAUUAUUUUAUUUGUUGUAAUCCUUAUUAUCUGCAUCAACAAGCAGAAGAAAGAUAAUUUGGAUUCAACAGUCUUAUUAUCAAAUCCAACUAAUCAAACUUUGGCUUAA